GAUCAAAUGUCUCCCUGUACAAUGGCACCGGAGAAGAAGGCAGACAUUUUACGUUCCCCCAACCGAUUGUGUUUUUUGUUAAUUUAUCUUCGUUGUUUCUAACUUAUUUUUUAAACAAAUGUUGUACAUAAUGUUGCCACUACCAUCUCUUAUGACCGAAAAUAACUUCUAGACAUCAGGACUGCGAUUACUCACUCAAGGACUGUCAGAAUCAUUUUUCUUCUUUCCCGACUCUGACUAGCCCAAAGCAGAAGAUAUACACGGCUCCCUCGGGAACAGACCCCAACCCCUGUGAUCUGCAUGAAGAGGAGGCGGAGAAACGACGACAAUAUAAAACCACGACAAUAUCAACAUACAUUACACCCGUGUGCCCCCAAAAACAUUGUUUGGGGGACUGCCUCUCGUGCCUGUCGUGCUGCAGUGCUGCCUCUUCAUAUCGCCGCCGCUCAGCUUUCGCUGCCUCCAGCUCUGCCUGUGCCCAGGGUCCCUUGCUGUCAAGUAUCUCCUCCCAUGUCCAGGAGUCCGGAGAUCGCUGCUGUCCGAUACCAUGCUGCUUGGUCCUUGGUUGGUGGGUGUUUCUGUAACGGAUCUCGUCCUCCUCUUCUGAGGAGGAGUAGCGAGAAGGAUCGGAGGACCAAUGCGCAGCGUGAUCUGAUUGAUGCUGUAAAUGUGUCGGGAAAACAGGGAAUGAAAGUAACUGUCCCGACUGGACUUACUUACCUACCUAGCGGCAUUGUUAUAGCAUGGUCUUUCCUAUUGAAUCAUUCAGAUGUAUUUGAUAACAUAGCUAUGCUGAAUGCUGGUAUGAUUACAACGGACCACAGUAGGAAGUUCAAAGACAGACUGAAGCUGGAUACUCAGACUGGAUCUCUCACCAUCAGAAACCUCAGCAUCAGCGACUCUGGACUUUAUAAAAUACUUUUCAUCAAUACACAGAGUUCAUCUCAGAUUACAAAUCUAACUGUCUAUGCCUCAGUGUCUGCUCCUCACAUCAGUCACUCAGUGGACAGUCCGUUUGAAAAAGUGAGCUGUUCCUUGGUGUGCACUGUGAAGAACGGGAGAGAGGUGAUCUUGUCCUGGUACAGAGGAGGGGAGAUACUCAACCAGACCAGCAGCCCUGAUCUUCUAGCCAAUAUCUCUCUCCCUCUGGAGUUAAACAAAAGAAAUGUUGACACCUACAGCUGUGAGGCUUCCAACCCUGCUGACUCAAAACCAACUCCUUUAUUUCAAUGCAGCCUGCAAGCAAAGAGAAGAAGCCCAACAUUAUACUGAAGUGAAAUUUCAUAGAAUGGUUGGGGAUACACUGGUAUCUGGCACCGGAGGCGUCUGUUUACCAGAAGAGUCUGUUUUGUACUCAGAUGUCAGAAUCUUACCUUUUGUUCAGACGGGACUGGAUUCAAUCACUCCUCUCUCAAAGCUGUGACCUUGGCGUGGUUUAGAGGCUUGUGUGUCUCAAUGACCCUGAGAGCUACGCCGGAGGGGGCUUGGGCCCCUGGUAGACUUAGCCAUGCCGGAUUGGUCACCGGUGAGGGGCCAAUAACAGCAUUGGUCCUACAUGUUUCAAGUCGUCAUGAUGCUAUAGGUAGGCAACCAUACCACUGUGUCAAUGUUACAUGCUGUGUGUAUGUCUUUACCGUCAUUUUAAAUGUGUAUUUUUCAUAGUGCUGUACCUUACUUUGCAAGAAAUGUGAUUGAUAAAAAUGUAAUAUUAUUGUUGUUAUUUAGGUCAGAACAUUUGUCUGAAAACCGGGAUUAGUAGCAUGUAAACAAGCAAAUGAGUUAAAUCAUGGCACCACAUCCACUUCCUGAAACACUUUUACCAUUUAUUUUCAAAAUGAUUGCAACCGACUCUCCAAACCUGCUGAUCUCAUGGGCAGGUUUAAGCUUGUGGAUGAAUGUUUUCAUGUAGGUUUGUCCUGCCUUUAUCUUCCCUCUAGAGAGUCUUAUGUUCUCCACUCUUUACCAAACUACUGUGAUGACUGUUCUGUGAGGAUCCAAAUAGGUCAGAUUAGCUUGGAAACAGAUGAUUUCAACCAGACCCUCUCUCAGCCACAGAGAGGGGGAGGCGGGAGUUGGUGGGGGGGUUGACACCUCACGCCCCGUUGUAAAUUACAGGAGAGGAGAUCCAGGGUCUCCCUCUACAAAUACACAAAGGAAUGUGCUUUGUCUCCCGCCAAAACUCUAACUCGUUCUAAAGUGAAUACUGGAACAAUAUUUUUAACAUAGAACAUGGGGGGAAUGGUCAGAGGCGAUCUAAAGAAUAAUAAUGUCAUACGGGUUGUUAUUUUUUUAUGUAAUUAAAAAAGCUAUAAAGGAAAUACUGUAACUUGAAAGUAUAUACACCACAUGUACGAAGUCUCCAUCCUUAAUGUUGUGUAUGAAAUAUGAACGAUUGUGAAAUUAUUUUUGUUAACUUCUUUGAUAUAGGGGGCGCUCUUUAAAUUUUUGGAUAAAAAAACGUUCCCGUUUUAAGCACGAUAUUUUGUCAUGAAAAGAUGCUCGACUAUGCAUAUAAUUGACAGCUUUG